AUGUGGCCCUCUCCCAAGGUCGCCUACCUCCUCCUCGCGGCGCAUUCGCUGCUCGUCAGCGGCUCUCCCGUCGAUGCCGAGUCCGUGGACGCCGCCGUCCUCGCCAAGCGCCAGUGCCCCGAGAUCCACAUCUUUGGCGCCCGCGAGACCACCGUCCCGCCCGGAUACGGCACGGCCGGCACCGUCGUCAACCUGAUCAAGCAGGCCUACCCGGGCGCCACCUCCGAGGCCAUCAACUACCCGGCCUGCGGCGGCCAGUCCAGCUGCGGCGGCGUACAGUACGGCGACUCAGCCAGGCAGGGCACCAGCGCGGUUGCCUCGGCUGUCAACAGCUUUGCCCAGCGGUGUCCCAACACCAAGAUUGUGCUGGUUGGAUACUCACAGGGCGGUCAAAUCAUGGACAACGCCGUCUGCGGCGGUCCGGACAGCGGCUCGGGCAUCACCAGCACCACACCGCCCAUCUCAGCGGCGGCGCUCAACCAGAUCAGGGCCGUCAUCCUGAUGGGCUCACCGCGCUACGUUGCAGGGCUCUCGUACAACGUGGGCACCUGCACCGCCCAGGGCUUCGCCGCCCGCCCGCGCGGCUACGUCUGCGGCUCCAACUCGGCCUCCAAGAUCCAAAACUACUGCGACUCGACGGACCCGUACUGCUGCACGGGCAACGAUGCCAACUCGCACCAGCAGUACGGCAACAAGUACGGCCAGCAGGCCCUUAACUUUGUCAAGAGCAAGCUCGCCGGUACUGGUGGCGGUACUCCCACAUCCACCGGGUCCAACCCCGGCCCGACCGGCGGCACUGGCGGCGGUACCUGCGCGGCGCUUUAUGGGCAGUGUGGCGGCCAGGGGUGGACGGGGCCCAAGUGCUGCACGCAGGGGACGUGCAAGGCUGCGAGUCAGUGGUACUCGCAGUGCCUGAACUAA